AUGAACGUUCAAGAUAGGAGAAGACUAUUGGGGCCCGCAAAUGCCAGACCCAUUGCGUUUAGUGCAGAAAAACCAGUUGUAGAAGAACCGGAGAAAGACCAGGACAAACAGGAGAGUAUUUCGCUGCGUAAAGGAUUGAUAGAGAAUAGCAAUGGAUCAUCUUUAAUCGAGGUAAGCAGUAAAGACCGUCAGUUUUCGUUGAUGGCAUCCGUAUAUGGACCUAGAGCUCUUCGAGGUUCGUUCACAUCGAUGGCCUCCAUAUCGAUACAGCUGCAAAACGGAUCUCAGGAAAAGUAUGGUCCAACUCAGCUGAGGGAAGUGGCAACUUUCCUGACGAGUGUGUUCAACGCUGUGGUCAACAGAUCAAGAUAUCCAAAAUCUGGAAUAGACAUUUUCGUUUACCUAACGUACGAUCGGGAUUUAAGCCAAUCGAGUUCCUCAAAUAUAUCAGCUCUUAUUCCGCACUGUAUCACUGGGAUAACAUUGGCACUGGCAGACGCUGGGAUUGAGAUCCUGGAUUUGGCAAGUGGAGGAUAUCAUAACGGAAAUGUCUUUUCGUUCAUAAAGAACGGUGAUGAGAUUACAGGAUUCUGGAAAGAUGAAGGAGUGAGUAAUGAUAUAUCAGACUCUUUGGAAAUUUGCAGACAAAGCUACAUUCGUUACAAGAGCCUAAUGGUUAGCACCCUGAUGCAGAAGUGA